AUGGGCAAGAGAUGCAAGCCCUGGAUAGUACUGAAAAAUCAAGAUUCAACAGCUCCAAUAAUCAGUCAUGUUUUAGAUGCUAACACAAAUGAAGCAAAUCAAUAUGUAGGCAAGAAGUCGAUAACACAAGAUCUUCAUCAAGUUAAAAGUAUUGUUAAGAAAGAGAAUAAAUGGUCCAUGCUAAUCCCUGCACCCUGGUUUUUCGCACCUACUGUUCUUAAGCAAG